AUGGAACCUUGGGGAAUCAACGAAGAUGAAUUCGGUUCAGGAGAGGGAGAAUUUGAAGAUGUGUUUGAGAAGGUCGAGUCGGGAGUUAUUCCCUCCAAUAGGCCGGGUAUUACAUUGGUGGCAGCGUCAUCGACUAACCCAACGUCCACCCGCCAUGGAGUCCCUUCGGUUUCGCUCUCUUUCACCGUUUUUUUAAUGGCACUAAGGAUUUCGGAUGUUGGCUGCGCUGCCUUUGACAGUGACAUUGACAGUGCACCCCUGGAAGACGGCAGCUACGUGGUGCUCACCCACGUGGUGGACGAUCAAGUUGAUCGGGCACUCGAGGCCGAGUUGUCGCGCACGACAUCCUUCCACCACCCCUGCCAUCAAUUGCAGCGCCUCUUUCAACCGCGACUGUCUAUCGAGGAGGCGUUAGUGUGGCUUACCAACUGCCGCCAGCAAGAAAGUGAAACGCCCUGA